UGUUACUUUAAAUUUGGAGGUGGGUUUUUUGUUAUUUUCCUAAUUGUUCUAACAUUUGGCACAAAUCAGUUUGUGAAGAGUUUAACGGAUAAAUUGCAAAGUAAAUGGAUAUCAACAGAACAAAAUAUUAUCAAUUUUGUUGAUAAAAAUAUGACUAAGAACAGCAAUUAUGACAAGGCUUUAGAAACUCGUUCUAGUAUGUUUUAUCUAUUUCCGAUUUGCACAGCUGUAAUGGCAGUUCUAAUAAUAACCAAAACUGCAGUAAUGUGUUUUUUAAUGGCUAGAAAAGCAUCAAUCAAUUUCCACAAUUUCAUGUUUACGAAAAUCACAAACGCUUCAAUGGAAUUUUUUGAUAGUAGAUUUGUGGGGAAUAUUUUAAACAGAUUUUCAGAAGAUUUGCUCUACCUUGACGAAAGAGUAACAUACUCGUGGUUUUUUAUUUUUGAAGGUUUUAUAGAAAUAAUUGGAAUAGCAAUUUUAAUGACAACUGUUAAUGUUACGUUUCUUAUUUGCUCCGUUAUCUUCGUUGUAGCACUUUUUCUAACGACUCUAUUUUACUUAAAAGUUACAAACACACUAAAACGGGUGGAAAUUUCAACCCAUAGUCCUCUAAUCGGUCACAUAAAUGCGACUUUUGAAGGACUAUCAACCGUAAAAGUAGCACAAGUUGAAGAUAUUCUUCAAAAAGAAUUCGAUCGACAUCAGGAUUUGUACACGUCUGCUUCCAUCGUCUACAUGUGUUGUUUCAGAGCUUUCGGAUUUGUCGUCCAUAUUUACAGUAGCCUAUUUUUAGCUUUUAUUGUUGUAUAUUUCCUCUUUAUAGACAAUGAUGCCGAUAUUGGAAAUGUCGGACUCGUAAUCACGCAAGCUAUACUUUUUAUAAGAACUAAAGAAACUGCUUUUCGCAAAUUCGCAAAGCUUGACAAUGAGAUGACAGCAGUGGAGCGAAUCAUCGAAUACACGAAACAAAAACAAGAAAAUAAACAAGGAAUGGCGGUGGAAAAGUGGCCAAAAUUUGGACAAAUCAAAUACGAAAACGUUAACUUUGCUUAUGACACUAAACAUAUUUUACAUAAUUUAAAUUUCACGAUCAAUUCGAACGAAAAAAUUGCUGUUGUUGGACGGACGGGAGCUGGAAAAACGUCUCUCAUUUCAACACUUUUGCGACUCUACAAGACUGAGGGAAAAAUAUUCAUCGAUGAUGUUGAUAUUGCAACCCUUCUGUUGGAUCUUCUCAGAGAAAACAUCCUAGUGGUGCCUCAAGACCCAUUUUUAUUCACUGGCACAAUUCGAGAAAACAUUGAUCUCAACGGAAUUUAUUCCGAUGAUGAAAUUUGGGAGGUGAUGGCAAAAGUUGGCUUAAAAAAUCGCUUUUCUACCCUAGAAGAUAAAAUUAGCAACAGCGAUGCAGAACUGAGUGUAGGCCAACAACAGUUGAUUUGCCUGGCUAGAGGCAUUAUUCGGAAAAACAAAAUUGCUGUUUUUGAUGAAGUUACAGCAAAUGUUGACUCUGAAACCGAAGAUACGAUUCAUAGAAUUAUUCAAGAAAAUUUUGAUUCGUGUACUGUGAUUAUGAUCACCCACAAGUUGCGUUUUGUUCAAGAAUGUGACAAAAUUAUGGUCAUAGAUAGAGGAAAUGUUGCAGAAUUUGACCGAUUCCAAAAGCUGUUGAAAGAUACAAGUGGGCUGUUUUACAACAUGUUCAACCCAACAAAGUAA